CCUCAUCCCCUUCUCCCUGUCUCUCUCUCUCUCUCUUAGUCUCACUCUCUCAUCUUGGAUGCAUAAAAGAGGACACACUGUGACUCUAACACACACACACACACGCACACACACUGACUUGAGGAUCUUGCUACUCUUCGUUGUGGAACAGUUUAAAAUGACCAAGUGUUGUACGGAGGAGUGCGUGCUAGAGGAGGGCGGCGUGCGGGAGCCACGUGAGGAAGUGAAGGGGGAAGAGGAGGAGGACCGUCAACGGCUCGAGGAGGGAGACGAGGAGGAGGGAGAAGAGGAGGAGGAUGAAGGGGAGGAAGAUGGAGACAACAAACCCAAAAGGCGAGGGCCGAAGGAGAAGAAAAUGACCAAAUCCCGCAUGCAGAGAUUCAAGAUGCGUCGGAUGAAGGCCAACGCCCGGGAGAGGAACCGGAUGCAUGGGCUGAAUGACGCUCUGGAGGGGCUGCGGCGCGUGGUGCCGUGCUAUUCCAAGACACAGAAGUUGUCCAAGAUCGAGACCCUGCGCCUAGCCAAGAACUACAUCUGGGCCCUGAGCGAGGUCCUGCACUCGGGCAAGGCCCCCGACCUGCUCUCCUUCGUCCAGGCCCUCUGUAAAGGGUUGUCUCAGCCUACCACCAACCUGGUGGCCGGGUGUCUCCAGCUCAACCCCAGGACCUUCCUCCCAGAGCAGAGCAGUGACCCUCACCUCCAGGGGGGGGGUUCCUACUCCUUCCAGGGUCCCGGUCUGACCCCGGGUCUGCCCAGCCCCCCAUAUGGUCAUCUGGACUUCUCCCACGGGGCCAAGCCCCUGAGCUACGUGUACGACGGCCCCCUCCUCACAGACUGCUCCAGCCCCGCCUUCGACGGCGCCCCCCUCAGCCCGCCCCUCAGCGUCAACGGGAACUUCUCCUCCUUCAAACAGGAAGUGGCGGCAGGGGACUUCCCCUUCGGUCUGCAACACUACGGCCCCCUGUUGUACGCACCUACCCACCCCCUCGACGGACUGAUGGGGUUCGACGGCCACGCCCCCCACGAGAGAAACCACGCCCCCCGUGAGAGAAGCCACGCCCCCCACGAGAGAUGCAUGACUACACUGAAUGCCAUCUUUCACGAGUCAUGAGAACCAUAUCGAGACGAGGGGGGGGGGGGAGUUAGACAAUUUAGACCUAUAAACAUAGUUAGUCCAGUUAGACCUGAGUCCUAUAGAGAUAAGGUUAAUCCACUUAGAUCAGAGUGCUAUGUUAAAUAUAGUUAGUCCAGUUAGACCAGAGUUCUAUAGAGACAUAGUUAGACUAAAGUCCUAUAGUGACAUAGUUAGACCAGAGUCCUACAGAGACAGAGUUAGGCCAGCGUCCUAUAGAGACAGAGUUAGAUCAGAGUCCUAUCGAGACAGAGUUAGACCAGAGUUCUAUAGAGACAUAGUUAGACUAAAGUCCUAUAGAGACAGAGUUAGACCAGAGUCCUAUAGAGACAGAGUUAAACCAGAGUCCUAUAGAGACAGAAGUAGACCAGAGUCCUGCAGAGACAAAGUUAGACCAGAGUCCCAAAUACACUGAUUUAGACCAGAGUCCUAUAGAGAGAGUUAGACCAGAGUCCUAUAGAGACAGAGUUAGACCAGAGUCCUAUAGAGACAGAGUUAAACCAGAGUCCUAUAGAGACAGUUAGGCCAGCGUCCUAUAGAGACAGAGUUAGACCAGAGUCAGAGUUAGACCAAAGUGCUAUAGAGACAGAGUUAGACUAGAGUCCUAUAGAGACAGUUAGACCAGAGUCCUACAGAGACAAAGUUAGACCAGAGUCCCAAAUAGACAGAUUUAGACCAGAGUCCUAUAGAGACAGAGUUAGACCAGAGUCCUAUAGAGACAGAGUUAGACCAGAGUCCUAUUGAGAGAGUUAGACCAGAGUCCUAUAGAGACAGAGAAGGGCCAGAGUCCCAUAGAGACAGAGUUAGACCAGAGUCAAAGUUAGACCAGAGUCCUAUAGACAGAG